GAAGAGGGGACGGAGCUGGCCGAGACUGGACAUGGAGGAUGCGUAGGCAGGAGGGAGAAGGGAGCUGGGCCAGGCAAGAGCCACCGUGGCCGCUCGAGCACUUCCUCGGGCGCGCCCCAGGCUGUCACCGGCGUGUGUGGGUUCAGGGAGUCACAAAAAGUUCAGAGCCGCCCUGAAGAAGGAGAAACGAAAGAAACGGCGGCAGGAACUCGCUCGAUUGAGAGAUUCAGGUGCAGGCAUCAUGAAUUACAGCAGCUAGCACAGCCCUUGCACAUAGACUCUCACAGAAGGAGGAGGAGGAUGCUUUUAUUGAAGAACAACACCUAGAAGAAGAGAUGCUGUUGGAGAUAGAGAGGCAAAAAUUACAUGAGGCGUGGUUGCUUCGGGAGCAGAAAGCACAAGAAGAAUUCAGAAUAAAGAAAGAAAAGGAGGAGGCAGCUCGAAAACGACAGGAGGAACAAGAGAGAAAGUUAAAGGAAGAAUGGGAAGAGCAGCAGAGAAAAGAGAGAGAAGAGGAGGAGCAGAAGCUACAGGAGAAGAGAGAAAGAGAGGAAGCUGUGCAGAAGAUGCUGGAGCAGGCUGAAAACGAGUUGGAAAAUGGUGCCACAUGGCAAAACCCAGAACCACCGACGGACUUACGGAUAAUGGAGAAAGACCGAGCUAAUUGUCCAUUCUACAGUAAAACAGGAGCAUGCAGAUUUGGAGAUAGGUGCUCACGUAAACACAAUUUCCCAUCCUCGAGUCCCACACUUCUGAUUAAAAGCAUGUUUACGACAUUUGGGAUGGAGCAGUGCAGAAGGGACGACUAUGACCCUGAUGCAAGCCUAGAGUACAGUGAAGAGGAAACCUACCAGCAGUUCCUGGACUUCUAUGAUGACGUGCUUCCCGAGUUCAAGAACGUUGGGAAAGUGAUCCAGUUCAAGGUCAGCUGCAACUUGGAACCUCACCUGAGAGGCAAUGUGUAUGUUCAGUACCAAUCGGAAGAAGAAUGCCAAGCAGCCCUGUCUCUGUUUAACGGGCGAUGGUACGCGGGACGGCAGCUCCAGUGCGAAUUCUGCCCGGUGACUCGGUGGAAAAUGGCAAUUUGUGGUUUAUUUGAAAUACAACAGUGUCCGAGAGGAAAACACUGCAACUUUCUCCACGUGUUCCGAAAUCCCAACAAUGAGUUUUGGGAGGCUAACAGAGACAUCUACCUGUCUCCAGAUCGGACUGGCUCCUCAUUUGGCAAGGGCUCAGACAGGAGAGAGAGGAUGGGCCACCACGACGACUACUACGGGAGGCCCAGGAGGCGGAGAAGCCCUAGUCCGUCGCAUUCCUACAAGAGAAAUGGGGAAGCUGACAGGAAAAGGAGAAGCAGCCACCGGGGGAAGAAGUCUCACAAACACCUGUCCAAGAGUCGCGAGAGGCACAGUUCGCGCAGUAGAGGAAGAAAAAGGGAUGGCAGCCGCAUCCGGGCCAGCCGGAGCCAGAGUUCCUCCAGGUCCAGGAGUCGUGGCAGGAGGAGGUCAGGCAGCAGAGACAGGACAACGCAGAGUCCCAAAUCCAAAUAAACCGAUUUUGUUCCGAAAUGAUCGUACAUCUUAUUUGUGAUGGCUGCUUCAUACUUGGGUAGUAGAGGGCUCUGAGCUCGAUGGAUUAGCAAGUCCGGCAGAAAGAACCCUGUUUCAAAAUACUUUUAUUCUCUGAGAAUCAGUGUGUUUAGCAUAGAAGACACAAAAUGUAUAGAUAAUGUGAAGAUCACUUGUAAUCCUAACCCUUGGUGAUAACCAACACUGGAGCAUUGCUUAAGUCUUUUUCCUCUUCUUACGGAUGUGUACAAAUAUUUUUUACAGAGAUCAUAUGUGGCUGCAGUCGAAUAUGCUUUUCUUCCUAUGCAAAACCUCAUAUUUUGUCAACCCUCUUACUUUUCUCACUGCAUGGUGCGGGUCUAUCAGUUUUAUUCAACCAUAUCCCUAAUUGUUGGAUUUUAAAGUUCUCCCUAAUUUUGCACGAUUAAAAGAAUCCAGUGCUAUAAACA